AUGAACUACGAUAUAGAACUAGGUGUCAAGAUUUCCAUAUUCACUUCCUAUUUCACGCAUGCCUACAUGCAAAAGCACCCCACCAUCACCACCACCAUCUGGUACCUGCUUCAAUGCUUACUCGAAUCCACUCUGAACCUGCAAACGUCAUUCGUUAAAGGCCGUCAAAAGCCACCAAUAGCUCCCCUUGAGCCGAUUUGUCUUUACGGACCGGCUUUGGCUUCAUACUCCAGCACUUGGAUCGAUAUGAAGCUCAUCAUAACUGGUGCAAGCGGCUUCGUAGGAACGGAGUUGCUUAAACAGAGUCUUUGUAUCCCUGCAAUAAAGACAGUCAUUGCUCUUACUCGAAGACCGCUGGUCAUACAAGCAGAAUCUCGUUCCGAUGCCGAUCACUCAAAGCUGAGAAAUAUCGUUGUUGAAGGUUACGACCAACUUGAAAUUGGAGUUUGUGCUAAAAGUGAUCAUCCGUGGGGCAAUAGGACCGUGGCUAUCACCCCCUCGAAAUCGACAUUAUAUGAUUGGAAUGAGAUUUGUCGAGUUUGCUACGAAUCACCUCUCGCCGGAUUGCGAGCAAUGCUGGAAGCCCGUGGCUCUUUGACGGCUAAUACUGAAAACCUUACACCGUUCCGUUUCAUAUACAUGAGUGGUGCCAAAACAGAGAGAGACCAGUCCAAAACUCCGAGCUUCAAGCCUGAGUACUCACUUUUGCGGGUCUGUCAACUAUUCCCGCCCUCCCCAUUUUCAGUGAGACUCCAACACUGGCUUCGACUUGGAAGAACUGAAACUGCGGUCCUGGCUCUCGCUAAAGAGCAUGAAUCACAACUCGAUGCCUGUAUUGUUAAGCCUGGACUGAUAAUAGCACCUAACAACUUCUUGAAAAUGGCUGUUGCGUGUGCAUUGUGGUGGACUGUGUCACUACCAAGUAUUGGGGUUAGCGAAAUCUCGGCUGCCAUGCUGAAGCAGUCCUUAUCUGGCUUUGAGAAGGACACACUUGAAAAUCACGAUCUUCUUCGUUUGGGAGAAAGUGAACUGUAA